GACGUAAACUGUGUAAUUGAUUUCAGAAAACUUGGUGAAUUACAGUGAGCAAAUAUGUUUAGAUCACAAGUAGCAGUUGUUUGGUUUCUCUUCUUUCUCCUGGUCUGCAAUGCAGGAGAUCAAGAAGUGGCAGCUCAGACUCUUGAGUUUUCAAGUAAAGAUAUCGUUGUAAAUACACUCUCCGUCCGUGUUAAGGAGUGGGAUGAAAUAAUUGAAAAUAAGGGAGUAGCACAAUCCCUAAAGCUUCUGGAUAGAUACUGUGCAAAUGUUGUGGAUGUGGUGAAGGAAUUGAAACCAAAGUUGAGUUCUGCUACUCUGUCAUGUGAUAUCGAUCACUCACAAAGGCCAAAUGAUAUCCGUGUCGAUACUGUUAAGGUUGAACUGGCAGUGUUAUCGAGUGAAAUGGAAAAAGUAUUUUCAUCGAAAACGUGGUUCCCAUCGUUGAAGAAUUCACUUGAAUCGGGUAAUGUGAAUGUGAAUAGCGCGUGGAUAAUUGAUAUCGUUUCAGUGAGUGAUCCGACAGCCGUUGGCCGUGAAUCCUAUCUGUUCCAAAAAACCUAUUCUACGAGUUUAGUAACUACUGAUAAGUGCCGUGAGCUGAAGAUCAUUAUGUCGAAUAUAUAUACUGGAUUCGGUGAAACAAUGACGAACUGCUCCUUCGAUGUGUUGACAGGAGAUAUAAGCACGACGAUGGACUACCGAGAACUUAUGAAGAAAGGGUAUUGCUGUUCAGAGUAUAAUGUAUAUAGAAGAAAUUACUGGUCUAUUUAUGAAUUACUAUAUGAGGGUGAAAGCGGUGAGUAAUUCUGCAAAACAGGUGAAGAAUACAAAAUUAUUAUCGAAAAAUGUUUAAGGAAAGUGUACGCAAGUGUCGCUGAAAAAUGUCGCGACAGAUUAAAAAAUAAUGCAGACGAGAGCAAACACACAAGCACACACGCACAUAAAUGCACUCAAGCAUUAGUACACAAGAACAUAAGGCGAUCAGUGAAUGAAAUUUCAGACAUCAGUACCAGACUGUUUCAUUGUCCCAUUGAACUUACUCUGUCGGUUUGUUUCUUGAUGCAUUCCUGUUAUUUAGGUGAGAAUACGAUCAAACCGCCCAAAAUAACUCAACCCGAAAUAACCAUUGACAAGAAAAAUACUACUCUCGGUAAGUUUGCUCAACUAACGGUUUCUCUCUCUCUCUCUGGUUUGCAAAUUAAGGAGCUUGAGACAUAUCAACUUUUGUAUUUAUAUGGUUAGUGAAUGACUAUUCAGUCAUCGGUUUUAUUCUGUUUCACUGUCUCACUGAACUUACUCUGUUGAUUUGUUUCUCGAUGUCUACUUGUCAUCCAGUUGGGAAUUGCCAUUUUUGUAUACUCAUCGUAUAAGUCGCAAACAAAGACGCCUAUCACUCGACACUCGAUAGUGAAACCACGUCGAGCUCAACGAAAUUCAAUUACACGGUUUAAUAAAAAUCAGGCACACGAUUGACCAGCACAUGCAGUCACCUUCACUUGUAGUGUGUAUGACUUGUGCUACACAUCGAUAGAACAUAAAAUGAUACAGAGCAGUGGUGAAAUUCCAUUGAUCUCACAUAUUCUUGGUACUGGAUAUACUUCGACCACAGAUACCAUCAAGUUCCACACAACGAAUUAUAUUGUCACUCGACAAGAACACGAAUCUUCUCUUUUAUGUUUACUAGUGAAAAAGUCAACCACAGUUCGUGAUACGACCUUCAUGACUA